UCUAACUUCUGACUGUCUCACAUGAUUCAAUGGUAUAAAGCAGGAUCAUUGUCUUCUUUACAUGUAAAAUGGCCGACUUGGUCACCAUCACCAAUCACAAUAUGGACUCUAUCAAGAGGAUAUCCGGUAUCAUCAUCAACUCCAUCGAGGAUGUCCUCGACAGGGUUAUCUUUGCUGGUCUGGAGGACAGUGUUCAUGCCCCAAAGGUAUCCCACCGUGAAUUCCCUCCCAGCCCAUCUCAGACCACCAAGAUGUCUUCCACUUCUCCUGAGCCCGAAAAAGAAUACCCCGUGGCCGAUGUAGACGAUGCCGCUGGCUUCAUGGCUGCUGCGCGUAAGCUCCAGGAAACCUUCCCGGCGUACACCUCAGCCGCGUCUACCAGACAGGAUACCAAGACUGAAUCCGUGUCCGACCUUGCUGGAGACGAUCAUGCCACCGCCGUGGCCGAAGCUACCACUUUUGAUGACCCUGCUGGAUCCAAUCAUGUUACUACUGCCAAUCCAGAAAUCACCACCCCCUUCAAUGAAUGGGGAAACGGCGUGGACUCGAAGGUCGACGACGAACUGACUGUCAACAACGCUGAUUCUGCGGCUGCAGCUCGCGAUGCAAUCUCCUUUGGUUCUCCCGCAACCAAAUCGCCUGCCUUCAAAGCUCCCGUGAGCAUCCCCGAAGGCCACGAGGAAGACCGUGAGCACCAGAUAACCUUCAAGACCUGGGGUCAGCCUGAAGAGCGCUCGAAGCCUGCGUCUCGCGUCCGCCGUGUGAUUCUCACCGGGCUUCCCUCCGCCUGGCGCAGCCCCAACAAGGUCCUCUCCUUGAUCCACGGAGGUGUCGUCGAGAGCGUGUACGUGACUCCAACCGGCAAGGCCCACAUUCUGUUCUGCGACCACGAAGCCUGCGACGCCUUCUACAAGAAAUACCCCAACGGAAUCGACCUGGAGAGCAAAUGUACCGCGUUUGUGGAAACCGGCCAUGAAGUCGACGUCGUCAGUUCCGCGCUGGCGUACAACCUCUCUGUGGGUUCCUCUCGCGUCGUCCGCGUCGUGGGAGCCAACAUGGACGUGACGAUGGAGCAGCUAUACAAUCUCGCAAAGACGGGCAAUCGCAAGGUGGAGAAGAUCAUUGACACCUACGUGCCGGAUACUCCUCGCACCGUGGUCUUCCGCUUCUGCAGUAUCGAAAACGCGGUGCAUUUCCACAAUAUGCUCGUCCGCGACGCCGACUGGGAGCACUGCAACAUCCAGUAUGGGACUGAUCCCUGCGAGCUUGCUACUGGCUACCACGUCGACUGAUCGCCGGUAUCUCACCACAAAAAGCACGUUGAAUGAACGAUAGUCGAGAACGUACGAGCAUUGUAUCUGGGGUGGUUGAUCAACACUGAAGUACAUUUGCCAGGGAAAUAAUCGGAAAAUCGG